UCUCUUUAACACUGCCAGAUAUCUUGUUUUCUAGGUCAUGCUAUAUUAAGACCUUCUAACUGUAAAAUAAUGACAUCUACUUUUAUAGUUCUAUAUACAUAACACAGCAUUUACUCUUGUUACAUCAGUUAUAAAUAUCAUCUCUCUUCUUGUUAAACCAAACUUUGAUCACCAAUAAUAAGGAAAUAUUUGCAAUCUUUCUUCCUCCUACAUGGACCUUCUAAGGUCAGAACCAUGUCCAUCUGAUAACUUGAACAUCUCAUUCUCAGACUCAAUAUCUUCAUUCGAUAUCCAAACAGAGAAAAGACAGAGAGAAAAGGAAGAUCAACAACAUCCACAUGAGUCAGCACCACGCCUUCUACUUGAUCUAAGUCUCCCCAGUGAAUAUUCAGGUGAAAACUCAAAGCCAGAACUCAAUCUUAUCAAUUGCUUUGAUACAAAUUUGUCCACAAACUCCUCAGAAUCUGUUGUUCAUGGUAAUGAAGUAGAGCCCCGGAUUUUCUCAUGCAACUAUUGCCAAAGACAGUUUUAUAGCUCACAGGCUCUUGGAGGACACCAGAAUGCACAUAAACGUGAAAGAACUCUGGCAAAAAGAGGACACAGAGUUUCUUCAGUAGAUUUUGGACAAAGGUACUCCAGCAUGGCUUCUCUGCCUUUGCAUGGAAUUCAGGUGCAUUCUAUGAUUCACAAACCUUCUUACAAAACACCCUUUUUUGGGUGGAAGAAGCAGCGUAAAGAAAUUGGAAAUUUUGGUGGUGUUGGGGCAGAAGUACCUGAAUCAUCCUUGGCUGGUGGCACUACAAGGUUAGGAAAGUUUUCUCCAAGGAUGGUGCCAGAGGGAUUUGGAGGUUACUGGCUGGGUGGUGUUACUGCAACCCAUUUGAAUACUAAACAAGAUGAGUUGCAGAAGCUUGACUUGUCCCUUAAACUCUAAGCACGAUCAUCUCAUGUCACAUGAUAGUACGAUGUGGAAUUUUAUGAUGACAGUGUGUUAAGUAUGCAUGUGAGGUGAUGCCUAUCCUCCUUCAUGUCAUAUCCCAUCUUUCUUUGUGCUCAUGAAUCUCUUGUUGCAGCAGUUGUAAAUGAGUUUUAGCAACUUGCCAGAGUUAGUGGCUGGAGUCUUGACAUGAUUUGCCAUAAUAUGUGUCAAUAGUGAAUUCUCAGUGGGUUUCUUUAGAAGUUAAAACUUCCACCAAACUACAAAUUUAAAUUGAUUUGUAACCAAUUGAAACUCUCUUGUAACCAAUCUAGUUUGUUUGAAAGUCAGUUGAGAGAUGUAAAAGAAGAUUUCUAUUCACUUUUUAUUUUA